AUGGAUCGAGACCGACGCUCAGAUUCCAAUGGGCUGGGGCCCCGUCACGACCCCAGCUCCCGCGUUCACAAGACCGAAUCGACUGCAGACAAGAUGGCUGCACUGAAAGCAAGAGUAGCUGCGGCGAUUGGAGGCAGCAAAGCGAAUGGAGGCGCCGAAACUGGACUGCAUCCUGCGCUCCAAGGCCUUGGUCAAAACACCUCCUCGAGCCGGCCCAGCGCCCCUUCAUUUCGAUCCCAGUUCGAUUCGAGCUCAAUAUCGGCGCCUGGCUCCAGAUUGUCGGCGACACCAGGACGUGGUCACGAUGACGCGCAGGCGAAUCCAUACUUCAAUGAACAGCAGGCCGCUCAACCACCUGGAGGACGGCAACGGCAGUCACGACCCCUGAACUUCCACGCAAAGGGGAAGUUUAUUCAGCAAGGAAACGCGAUGCGGCGGCAGGCCGCACUAGAGGAACUGAAGAAGAAGAUUGCUGCGCAAACAAGAAAAGCUGGUAUCGAGGAAGAACUAGACAUGGAAAAGAAUCUUGUGGUCGAGGCGCCUCCGGAUAUUGAAUGGUUUGAUGAAGGGUUGGUCGAUGGUGGGAACUACGACAAUAUCGACGACGUAAGCCGCCUCAAAAUCAACACAGAAGACACAAUUGUCACCGAAUACGUCCAGCAUCCCGUCGCAUUGGAGCCGCCUCAAGAGCGAAACAAGCCCGCUCCAAAGCCCAUGUACACAACAGCGAAGGAGAAGGCCAAGGUCCGAAGACAAAGGAGAAAGGCCGAGCUGAAGGAACAUCAAGCAAAGAUCAGGCUCGGCUUCUUGCCACCACCGCCGCCCAAGGUCAAGAAGAGCAACAUGAUGCGUGUCUACGCAGACUCUGCCGUCAAGGACCCAACGGCCGUGGAGAACCUCGUCAAUCGCCAAAUUGCCGAGCGGCAGCAGCAGCAUUUGGAGGCCAACGAGGAGCGCAAGCUAACCAAAGAAGAAAAGCAUGACAAACUUGCUGCGAAUCAGGAAAAGGACGCAGCCAAGGGUAUCCACGUUUUGGUGUUCAAGAUCAACAGCCUUGCGAAUGGACAGCACAGGUUUAAGAUUGGGAAGAAUGCCGAACAACACUCACUCACCGGCGUCUGCAUCAUGCACCCGAAGAUGAACCUCGUCAUUGUAGAGGGUGGCGAGCACAGCAUCGGAAAGUACAAAAAGUUGAUGCUCAACCGCAUCGACUGGACGGAGAACUCCCCUUCCCGCGAGGGCGGGUCGCAGAAACUGGCACGAGACUGGCUACUCUCUGAGAACGAGAAGGGGGAGUUAAGGGACAUGUCACAGAACGAAUGUAAGUUGGUUUUUGAGGGUGAAGAAAAGACGCGGUCGUUCCGCAAAUGGGGCAGCAAGGUGUGCGAGUCCGACGCUGAAGCUAAAGACGUGCUGGCGCGGGCGAAGAUGGACAACUUUUGGGCACUGGCGAAGAAUGCGUGA